AUGGCGGGCACGGUGUCGGGCACGGUAGAGGGGCCCACGGUAGAUAAACCUUUGCAAUUGAGGAUGCCUUUUCCAGAUUCUUGUCAAAGUCUGUGCUUCAGAGACAAGGACCAUGGCUCCAGUAUGUUUGAGAGACUUUUCGCCAUGUACAAAGAUAGUAAGUAUAGCGACGUCAGUCUCAAAAUCAGCCAUGAACAUACCAUCCAAGCUCAUCGUGUUGUCCUUGCGUCGUUUAGCCCGUAUUUUGAAGCCCUACUUGGCGGCAAAUGGAAAGAGGGAAGCAAGAAUGAAAUUGAAUUAUUAGGAUUAAACGAAAUUGCCGUUAACAAUUUGAUAGAAUUCGCUUAUUCUGGAACUAUUGAGAUCAACAAGGACAACGUGCAAACUGUGUUGGAGGCGGCAAAUUAUUUGGGGGUUGAAUUUGUGAAGAAAUCAUGCGGAGAUUUCUUGAAAGUUGCUGUCGAUGACAAAACAUGUUUAGGUCUUUGGCAGUUGGCAGACGUGUUUGCUUUGGAAGAACUCAGCAACGUAGCUAAAAGAUACGUUUUGAGGCAUUUCGCAGAUAUUUCCCACGAAGAGGCAUUCCUUUUGCUUCCUUUCAAUCUUUUGACUGACCUGCUUGCAGAUGAUGGCCUUUGUAUAGUUAUUGAAGAUUUGGUUCCGUGUGAAGAAGAGAGAGAAAAGAUAGUGUUGCAAGCAGUUCUGAGAUACAUUGAACAUGACUUGGACAGCCGGAAAGAACUUCUCCCACAAUUGCUUUCUCUCGUUAAACUCCCUACUUUAUCAGAGCAGUAUCUCAAAGAAGUCACCGAAAUAGAGCUUGUAGCUGAUUCUUGUGUGGGCAAAGAGAUGCUAGAUAAGGCCCAGAAACUAAAAAUGGAGUGGGAAGAUUUAAAAGCUGAGGCAAAUUGGCCUUAUAAGCAAAUUGAUCCUCCUGAUAAAUGGGUAUUGCCCAGGGAUUUUGCCAAAUACGUUGUCAUAUGGGGGCGCUCCUAUGCAAAUGGUGGGCAUAUACCAGAUCACAAACAUUAUGCUGAUGAAUAUUCAUUUGAAGAUUUAGAAAACAACUGCUUUGUGAAUGGGAUGGAACUAUGGUUUCGACGGUGGAAUGGGGACUUGGUGUUAGGAGGUCUUAGGUUUUUUUAUAAAUUGUACGAUGAGGACACUGCAAUGACAUUUGGCUACACAAGUGAGGAAGCUGAGGAACAUCAUAAAUUUCAUUUGGAGGAAAAUGAGAGAAUUGUCAGAGUUGAAGUCUCUUCUGGCUUGAUGAUUAAUCAGCUCACUUUUUUCACCAACAAGAAAGAUGAUGAGGGUUACCCCAAAAUGUAUGGUCCCUAUGGAGAAGAUAUUGGAUUGUUUACUGUGGAGUAUCCUUCUGGAAAUUUUGGAUAUCUUGCAGGAGUUGUUGGUGCAGUCGCAAAUCGCAGUAGAGGCAAGCCUGGAGUCAUACUUAGACUACAGUUUGCUUGGAGAAGCUAUAUUUUCCCUGGAACUCCAAUGCCAGAGAAACAUUAUUGCCGAAUUAGUGAAAAUGUCAGAGAAGAUGACUAUGACAGUGAUGCUGAUUUAGAUGGUUUUGAUGAUUAUGAUGCUUUAACUAUUUUUGAUUUUUAUGAUGGCUUUCAAGAUUAA